AUGGGCGAAGCUCUGGGUACCCAGUCGCGCGCACUCCUGUUGACGCCAGGCGGUCUUCUGAUUGGUCUCUACCUCUUCUUAGGUCCUUUGGCCAGUGCCUUGAGUAACCAAUUCGAUUUUCGUCCUGUCGCUAUGGCCGGUGGAAUUAUUGCUACUGUUGGCCUGGCUGGAGCCGCCUUUUCGCGCAAUGUCGAAACACUCAUUGGUGCUCUAGGAAUUGUUGGAGGCAUUGGCUUCGGUCUGAUAUACUUACCGGCAAUUGCAACGGUUGGUCACUGGUUCAAGCGCAGACGACCAUUCGCCGUGGGCUUGGCUCUAUGCGGUAGUGGGUUUGGCACCGUGAUUGGUGGACAGGCGUUGCCUCUCCUUGUAGAAUGGUUCACCUGGACGGGAGCUCUCCUGAGCUUUGCUGAAGGAUGCCAAACUGUCGAGGCGAUCGAUAAGCGCAUUCAGCGCCGAAUCUCCUCAUCCUCCUACCAUCAUUUCACAGAAAACGCAGUACCCAUUGGCAUCAUCGUGAAAUUGGAAUGCUUAGCAGUUGUUGAAGUCUGCCGCGUGUAA